AUGAGUCAUUCGAAUCGUCAGGCCGGCGUUAACUCAAACGGAUCACAUCAAGAUGGCGGUGGUGGAAGCAGUGGUAGCUCUCGUGGCAACGCGGAUGUAAACUCCACCUUGGGACGAACCGCACCUCUUUCAACUACGCAACGUUAUGCCUACGAUCCAAGCAGAGAUCCAUUGUAUACACAAGCGCCGCGCUCUUCCAGGUCCGAUCACUCAGACAUGCGCGAUGUAGUCAACUCCCCAGCUUUGUACACAGUACCUGCCCCAGCACAUCCUCAAAACCAACCGUCUCGCUCCUACAAUGUACCACAACAGUUCUGGACUGAUCACGCGUCAUCCCAUCUUCGCAUUACGCCUUACGAUACAUCUGGUAGCGAUUUCAAUGCCUCGCAAGCGUUCCAACCCACGUUGCCGGCGAGCGUCUUCGCGCAGCCGAGCGGGCAGACAUAUUAUCCUCCAACUGGCGCUUCCCAUCCGAACCGAGCCGCGGGACAACACGCCGGCCCGUAUGAUGCCGUUGGCUACAUCAGACGCGAUGGAGCGGUGUACGACAGAGAGGAAGUGUAUGAGGAGUACAGGCCGUAUGAUCCAAAUGCCCAUAAACGCGGGCAGCGAGGAUACCACGGAAGUAACGAAACAUCGCGUUGA